AUGGAUGAUUUGGAAUUAGACUUUGGCCAAUUAGAUCACUUAUUGGACUUUUUUUCUCCUCCUUCUCCUUCUCCUUGUUCUACUAGUACUUUUCAUAAAAAACAAGAUUCAUCAAUUAUUUCAUUACAAACACAAAACUCUAAUGAUGAAAAGAAGUCAAUUAUCACCACUACUAUUAUUGACUAUGAUCGAAUUCAAGAUCCCCCUAAAGAGAAAGAGAAGAAGAAAAUCCUACGCAAAGAUGUUGAAAAACAAAGAAGGCGCGAUAUGGCUAAGCUUUACCAACGUUUGCGCCUUCUUAUUCCUUCCAAGUAUCUUAUGGGAAAGAGGGCUAUAUCUGAUCAUCUAGAAGAGAUUGUGGAUUAUGUAAAAGACUUGAAGGAGAACAUAGAGGAUUUGGAAAGAAAAAGAGAAAAGUUGAAAAAUAUUAUUUAUAGUAAUGAUGAUGAAGAUAAAAUAAUAGUGAAAUUAUGCAAUGAUCAAGUGGAAAUUUCAAUAAAGGGAGGGCUUUCUCUAUCAAAAGUGCUUAAAGUUCUUAUGAAAGAAGGACUUAUGGUUAAUAGUUGUGUUUCCUCAAUAGUUGAUCACAAUCUUCAUCACAUUAUUCAAUCUAAGGUGAAUACAAGAGGGGAUUUUGAUCUUGCAAUGCUACAAUCCAAGUUGAUGAGUUUAUCGUAG